AUACCUACUACGUAACUUUACCGAAAGAACCAAGAAUAUAGACCACAAACACUUUGGGAGUUUUGUUCAUCAUCCUUCUCAGAGGCCGCACGAGAUGCCAGUGAAAGGGCGAUGACGUCAGAGGCCGCACGAGGACGCGUAACGAAACGAUGACGUCAGAGGGCACACGAGAUGCCCGUGCACCGAGCGAUUACGUCACAAGGCCGCACGACAGCGCGCAACGAAGCGAUGACGUCAAUGGCCGAACCGAGCGAUGACGUCAGAGGCCCGUGGACCGAAGCGACGAUCUCAGAGGCCGCAACGAGCGACAACGUCAGAACGCGCGCGACAGCCCCGUGACAGCGAUGACGUCAAGCUGUGCGUUUCACAGAAAGUUGACGUCACCCUCACCCCCAACCCCCCGCGAAACGGUGCGCGUGCCAUGGGGGGGUUGGGGUGGGGGAAGUGACGACACGGGUUGGUUCCCUCCCACUUGGCGCCUCCGUUGGCGCCGCCGCGCGUGUCCGGUCAUUGAGGUUCCGGGGAGGGGAGACAGGAAGGAGGCCGUCGCCAUCCUCCUCGCAGCACGGCGCACGUGUGCCGCUGCUGCUUGCUGUAGCUUGCUGUAGCUACUGCUGCCUGCGACUUCACGCGCCAAGCCCGCACGCCCGUCGGCCCGCCCGCCCGCCCGCCCGCGAUGAAUCACAGGAGCAGGAAGCGAAUCCGCGAGGCGAAGAACAACGCGAGGCCGGAGCUGCGCGAGCCCGGCGCGUGGAGUCGCCAGGGGCUGCGCGAAGCGUGGGAGCUGCGAGGCGUGCGCGGAGCCGUCCAGGACAACGUGGAGAGGGUCGAUGCUGAGCUCGUUUCAGUGGAAGAGUUUAUCGAGAAGUACGAGAGGCUGUACAAGCCCUGUGUGCUGCUCAAUUGCCAGAAGACGUGGGCGGCGAAUGAGAAAUGGACACUGGAUCGUCUCAAGAGGAAAUACAGAAACCAAAAGUUCAAAUGCGGCGAGGACAAUGACGGCUACUCGGUCAAGCUGAAGAUGAAGUACUACAUAGAUUACGUGGAGACUACGAAUGACGACAGCCCACUGUACAUCUUUGAUAGCAGCUUUGGAGACCAUGCCAAAAAAGGAAAGCUUCUGGAGGAUUAUGAGAUCCCAGUGUAUUUUAAAGAUGAUCUUUUUAAGUAUGCUGGGGAAAAGCGAAGACCACCCUACAGGUGGUUUGUGAUGGGUCCCGCAAGGUCAGGAACAGGAAUUCACAUUGAUCCACUGGGCACGAGUGCCUGGAACGCGCUGGUGAAAGGGCACAAGCGCUGGUGUUUGUUUCCGACCAAUACACCCCGUGAACUAAUCAAAGUGGCACGGGAAGAGGGAGGCAUCCAGCAAGACGAGGCCAUUACGUGGUUUAGUGUCAUCUACCCGCGCACACAGGAGCCCUCCUGGCCGCCAGAGUUCAGGCCACUCGAGAUCCUGCAGAAGCCUGGAGAAACAGUGUUUGUCCCAGGUGGAUGGUGGCAUGUUGUCCUCAACCUCGAAAACACAAUUGCAGUGACCCAAAACUUUGCAAGCGUCACAAACUUCCCGGUGGUUUGGCAUAAAACUGUCAGGGGGCGGCCGAAGCUCUCCAGAAAGUGGUACAGAAUCUUAAAGCAGGAGUUCCCAGAUCUGGCAGCGGUGGCUGACUCCGUGAACCUCCAGCGGUCGACAGGAUUUGCCUCGGACUCCUCCAGUGACUCCUCCUCCUCCAGCUCUUCGAGUUCUUCUGAUUCGGGCUCUGAGAAUAUUGGAAACGGAGAAGGAAUGACGCACAAGAGAAAGAGAUUAAAAUCUUCCACAGAUCGAAGUGUUGUCGAUGGCAAGGAUUGUGGACUAAAAUCUGAGCGAAAUACCAGAAGAUAACUUUUUUGCACAUCGCAUACACGACUGCGGUUUCUGAAGAAUUUGCAAUGAUAAAACAUUCAAUGAUUAUCGUUCGGCAUGUAGUGUGCUAACAUUUGUAUUGAACUUCAAGAAAUCCUUUGAGUAUUUGUAAUUAAUGUAUGGCAUUUAAACUUAAAAAAAAUUUUAAGCAAUAAAUUGAGAAAACAAAAUCGAAUUGAUCACAAAUACAUUUGAAUGUAUUUUUCAAUUUGUUUGGUUUGUUUAUUAAGUUACCACAGUACAUUAUGGUUGAAAUCUUAACUGUUAUCAAUCACUUAGAGGGGGUGGCCCCUUUAGAUUAGCACAUUUUGCAUAAGAGGUCUUUCUAUUUGCAAUUUUUAAAUUCUCUUUAUCAACGUUCUUAUUAUUUGCUGUAUAUGGAUAAUUGAGUUCACUUGCUGUUUGACUUUUGUCAUGGUGAAAUAUCUGGAAUAAAAUAUGCGGAAUUUG